AUGUUUGAUAAAGAAUUUUACCAAGGAUUUGUGUCUAAAAGUUCUUUAAUUUAAGAAGGGUAUGCACAUGCAAUCUCUGCAUAAUGGUACUAAAUGAUAAUCAUUUUCAGGUUUAGAAGAUUUAAGAGUUUCUUCAUGAAUCCACACGGAGCUGAUCUUUCUAAAAUUGGAUCGAUUGAGAAUUAUGGAAUCUGUGAUAUUACCCCUGAUGUUGAUCCAAAUUUAGAUGGCUAUUAAAUACCUUAAAUACACAGCACAAAAUAUCUUAGAGUCUAUAAGGUAAAGCCUGAGCUUUAAUAUGGUGAAGAUUAUGAUAUUGUUUCAAUAGAGAUUUGGAAAUUUCUCAAAAUGUAUUAUAAUGCAGGUAUACAAUAUGAAGAAAAAUGAAUUUAGAUUAUGAUGUAAUUGUGUUUGUUACUAAAAUUAUUCCGGGUUUGACAAAUUACUUUUUUAUUGACAAUUUAGAUUAAGGAUUAUGUAUAUGUAAUGAAUCAUUCUACUUGGUAUUGGUGAUUUUUGAAAAAGAUGAUAAGAGUCAUAUUAUAGCUUUAAGAUUACCAGCAUGUCCUUGGAUAGAAUUUGUUAAAUUUAGAACUUUAAUCUUUUCUGCAACAGACUACUAAUUUAAUUCAAUAAAAUUUAUCAAUCAUGGUCAUCUUUGUUAUAAUGAUAAGAAAGUACCAUUUAAAGGAAAUAAGAUUUUAAAAGACAUGGGAAUAACAAAGGAAAUGUAAAUAAUAAUUGAAUUUUCAAAUAUGACUUUAGGAGACAUAGAAGAAGAAAUUGAAACAGAUGGAGAAGAUUAAUAAAUCUAAUAAAGUAAAAGAUAUAUAAACUAAUAGAUUUACAUACCAAAUAAGAAUUCUUAGAGAUUUUAGAAUAAAAUUUGAAUUAGCAAUCGACUGAAUAGUUGAUUCUGAAAUCCAUCUAAGAAAUAUAGUAAUCUUUAGAAUAAAAUGAUUUCUUUUAAGUUUGA